UCAGGAAGCAGUCCAGUGGUCCUGAUGAUGAUGGCGGUGAUGGAGGAGCAACGCUGAGUUCACUCUCCGGGUUUUGGCUCCUCUCUCCCAUUCAUUCUUUUAUGGUUAUAUUACAAAAGACGACAUAGUGACAGAAGGUGACACCGCCGGUUUGACCUACUGCCUCUCUCCGCCUCUCUCCCGUCUCGUGAGCCGAGACCGAGAUGGGGAACGAAGCGAGCAUGGAGGGCGGCGGGCAGCCCGGCGACCCGGGAGCAGCCGGGAUGAUGGGGCCGGUGAUGCCCGGAGGACCCGCGUCGGGACCGGGGGCAGGGCAGCACAUGAAGCCAGUCAACGGAAUCGCUGCCGGGGGAGGGAUGGGCAUCGGAGGCCCCGGGAUGGGAAUGACGAGGGGUCCGAUGGGUAGCCCCAAGCCUGGGAUGCAACAAGGAGGCCACGGAGGAGGAGGAAUGGGAGGAAUGGGAGGAAUAGGUGGAGGUGGAAUGGGAGGUGGAGGAAUGGGAGGAAUGGGAGGUAUGGGAGUAGGAAUGGGCGGAGGUGGAGGAGUAGGCUCCAGACCCGGGGAGCCCUACCGCCUCGCCACUCACGAGACUCCCACUUCCCCGCGACACAUGCAGUCAACCCAGGGUCCCGGAAUGGGUCCCGGCAUGGGUCCUGGCAUGGGGCAUGGGCCGGGGUCCGGCCCCGGCAUGGGUCACGCUCCAGCUGGGUCCAGCAUGGUAGGCCACGGAGGUCAGCCGAGUCCCGGGCAGCACGCCUCCCGCCGAAACCUCCAAGUCGACUUCAGCGGUUCGGGCGGGUCCAGGAGGGGCCGCUCUCCGUCCGGGUCUCCUGAUCGCGGCGUGACGCCCACCUCGCCCUACUCGGUGCCGCAGAUCGCUCCGAUGCCGAGUAGCAAACUGUGCCCAGUGUGCACCAGCACGCAGCUGUCCAACCCACCGGCUUUACCCAACUACAACACCUGCACCCAGUGCAAGUCCACCGUCUGCAACCAGUGCGGAUUCAACCCCAACCCGCACCUCACUGAGGUCCAGGAGUGGCUGUGUCUGAAUUGUCAGAUGCAAAGAGCUCUUGGCAUUGAUAUGACCACGCCUCGAUCUAAGAGCCAACAGCAGAUUCACUCUCCGUCCCACCAAGCCAAACCCAUCGUUCAGCCUCAGCAGCCUACACCUCAGCCAAUACAGCCAACAGCAGCGGCACCGUCCAAACCUUUGGCACAGAGUCAGCCCAGCCAACGCCAACUGCAGCAGCAACAUCCACAGCAACAGCAGCAACAACAGCAGCAACAUCCACAGCAGCAUCCACAACAUCAGCAGCAGCAUCAGUCUCAGCCUUACAGCCAGAGCCAACCCUACUCCCAGGCCCAGCCAUACUCUCAGUCCCAGCAGUAUCCCCAGUCUCAGCCCCAGUCGUACCCUGGGUCUAAAUCAGGGCCACAGGCUCAGCCCCAUACCUCUCCAGGCUUGCAGAGACACUCAGGCUCUGGCGGCUCCCAGAUUCAGACAGGGUCCCUUCAGCAGGGCAUGCGGUCCGACCCAUACUCUCAGAGAGAUACCGGGGCUCCCGGAGUUGUUGGUGUCCCUACAGGAGGUCCCAACCAGCCAGGGGGUCCACGGAUUCCCCACCCAGGCGCUGUGCCCCUCCCCGGCUUGGCCAGGGCUCCGUCCCAGCCCGAUCUGGGCCGCGGAUCUCCAAUGCACCAGUCUAUGGCGCGGCACCAUGACCAGACCAGAAGCGCUGGGUCUUCGCCGGCCCACAGACCUCAGAGCCAGGCCCCUCCUCCUGCCCAAGAUGGCUUGACCAAGCUGUUUGGCUUUGGGGCCUCGUUGCUCAAUCAGGCGAGUACCCUGAUCAAUGUUGACCCUUUACCCACUGCCUCCACCCAACCAAGCCCUGCACGAGGCAAUGUGGUGUUCAGUAAUGCAGCUUCUGACAACAGGCAGCAACAACAAGCGGCCCCUGGCACCAAACCAUUCAGUAUGGCGGGCCCUCAUGGUUCAACUCAAAUGGGUGGCCCUCAAGCUUCGAGCAGAAUGGGUGGCCCUCAAGCGCCGAGCCAAAUGGGUGGCCCUCAUAAUGCGAACAAAAUGGCUGGUCCACCUGUGCAGAGCCAAAUGGGAGGCCCUUAUCCACCAAGCCAAACGGGAGGCCCAUAUCCACCAAGCCAACAGGCGGGUCUUCAUGCACCAAGCCAGACAGGAGGCCCUUAUCCACCAAGCCAAACGGGGGGUCCUCAAGUGCAGAGUCAAACGGGAGGCCCUUAUCCACCAAGCCAAACGGGGGGUCCUCAUGUGCAGAGUCAAAUGGGAGGCCCUUAUCCACCAAGCCAAAUGGGGGGUCCUCAUGUGCAGAGUCAAAUGGGAGGCCCUUAUCCAUCCAGCCAAAUGGGGGAUACACAAAUCAGUGGACCCCAUGCACCAAGCCAGAAGCAGCAGCCCAUGCCCCAUCAACAAGGAAUGCCGCAAAAACAGUCACCCUUGCAUCAUCCGAAAGGCCUGCAAGGACAGCAAUAUCAGCAAACACCUACUCAUCUGCAAAAGGCACCUCAGAAGCAGGAGCCUGUGGUGGCCCUGGUGCCUGCUCCAGAGCCUGUGAAGCCUAAAGUGAACUGUCCUCUUUGUAAAACCGAGCUGAAUAUCGGCAGCUCCGACCCGCCCAACUACAACACUUGUACUCAGUGCAACGGCCAAGUGUGUAACCUGUGUGGCUUCAACCCCACGCCACAUCUGGUGGAGAAAAAGGAGUGGUUAUGUCUCAACUGCCAGACGCAGCGGCUCAUGUCCGGAGGCGGUCUCGAUGAUCCCCCACUUCCCGUUCCUCAUCCGUCGCCCAAGCACCAGCCAAUGGGCUCGCUCCGUCAACAGGCGCCAGCCAGUCAACCGAGCCCUCUCCAUAAACCCACCAAUCAGCAGGGGCCAAGGGCCACCCAGCCCGCCGCGCAGAGAGCGCUGGCGGGAACUGGUGGCAGUGGAUCGUUUGCGCCCAACGCUGCCAAGCAACCGACCGACCCCAAGACCACAACACCAGCUGCGGCACCGUUGUCGACCGCAGACGUCCAGAAACAGCCAAAGGCCACAGAGGAGAAACCCAAAACCGAGCCUGAGAGCAAAAUCGGUAAAGACACCAAAGCCUCCCAGAAGAAAAAAGGGGAGCAGAUCACACCUAUCAAGGAAAUCAAGAAGUCCAGGCACUACGAUGACACAAAAAACAACAGCACCCAUGACUUGUCACGCAGUCCUCAGAGCCUCAGUGACACCGGCUACUCCUCUGAUGGUAUCUCCAGCUCCCACAGUGAAAUCACAGGUCUAAUCCAGGAAGAGGAGAUGAAACUGAGUGAGAGAGGGAUCAGUGGGCGGGGUUCCCCACCAAGUCCUUCUGAAAUCACCAAGCUCGAAAGCUCUAUGAGGCCUUUGUUGGAGAAGAGCCUUUCUGAAGAGAAGGUGGACAGACGGGGAAGGAAGCACAGAGACAGAGACUUGGAUGACAGAGGGAAGCAGCGCCCACGCUCCUUGUCAAUCCCACCAGAUUCCUACGACUCUGAUGAGGAACUCGAAGAUAUACUAGAAGAAGAAGAAGAUGGAGGAGACUGGGAGGUUAAACGUAAGGAAGGAAAGGAGGAGAAGAAGGAGAAGAAAAAGAAGGAAAAAGAAACUGAGCCCACACAGAUGACAGAUGAGGAGUUCAUGAGGAGACAAAUAAUGGAGAUGAGUGCUGAUGAAGAUAAUGAGGAGGAAGAGGACGAGAUGGAGGAGGAGGAAGAUGAGGAAGAUGAAGGAUAUGGCUACCAAAAACCCAAGAAAAACCACCACAAACACAUCAUCGCUGACUCAACGAAAGAGAAAAGACGACUUCAGCACCACUCCAGCAGUUUUGAGGAGGAACCUAAGAGCUCUACUGAUGUUUAUAAAGGUUCACUGGAAGAGGGUGAGGAAGAUGUGAUGGCAUCACAAGGGGGCUUGAGGCGCUUCAAAACAAUUGAACUCAAUAACACCAAUAGCUACAGCCGGGAUAUGGAGUUGGGCCAUGAAAAUGACUUGAGCCUUGAUCGUGAACCAGAGCUAGAGAUGGAGAGCCUGACGGGAUCUCCAGAAGAGCGUUCUCGAGGUGACUACUCCUCUACUCUGCCAGCCACGUCCUCAUCAUAUGGCUCAGGCCAGUCACCUACUUCCAUCUCAUCAAUGGAAGAAGACAGUGACAGUAGCCCCAGCAGGAGGCAAAAGCUGGAAGAAGCCAAGCAACAGAGGAAAGCACGCCACCGCUCUCAUGGCCCCCUCCUUCCCACCAUUGAAGACUCUUCAGAAGAAGAUGAACUAAGAGAAGAAGAAGAACUUUUAAGAGAGCAGGAGAAGAUGAGGGAGGUGGAACAACAGAGAAUAAGGAGCACAGCAAGAAAGACCAAGAGGGACAAAGAGGAAUUGAGGGCUCAGAGGCGCAGAGAGAGGUCUAAGACACCCCCUAGCAAUCUGUCACCCAUAGAAGAUGCUUCUCCGACAGAAGAGCUGAGACAAGCUGCAGAAAUGGAAGAGUUGCAUCGUUCUUCCGCUUCUGAAUAUUCCCCUCAGAGUCUGGAUUCAGAAGCUGAGGGAUACGAGUCCAAACUUUACAAGUCAGGCAGUGAAUACAACUUGCCUACUUUUAUGUCUCUCUACUCACCAAUAGAGAAAUCAUCAACUACAACCACCACCACCACAGCACCAUCUUCAGCUUCCAAAUCCCUGAAGAGUGCCGAGGAGGUUUAUGAGGAGAUGAUGAAGAAGGCAGAGGUGCUUCAGAAACAACAGCAGCAACAUGGAAGACAUGGGCAGUACUAUGAGGAGGACGUUAAUGGACAAGGUUAUGAUGAAGAUUAUGAAUAUGACCAACAUCAAGCAGGAUAUGAUAAUGAAGCAGCAGAGACAGAAAAAGAUAUUUACGAGGAGAUCCGACAAACCUCUCAGAACAUCACCAAAAUGCAGCAAGCCACUGAUGAGCAAGUAGAGAUUGAGAUUGAGAGCUCCUACUCUGACAAACAGCUCUUAGACACAGGCUCAGCUUUCGCUAAGCUGUUGGAGCAGAGCAAUGCUCUACUCACUCCUGGGACGAGCCCCACUCAGAUCUCAGCUCCGGUCUCCUUUGUUGAGACUGGAGGACGAAUUCCUGAUGUCAGAGUAACACAGCAUUUCUCUGCAAAGGAUGGUCACAAAGAUAGGAUUAAAACCCAAGCAGGAAAGAACGGAAUAACUCCAACAGUGGCUGCCACCACCAUUGCCGCUUAUGGAGUCUAUGCCAGGGAUGCAGUAACUAUUUCUCAGACUAGUUCAAGCCCCACUAUGACGACUACUCAGUCAAGUAUAUAUGGCCGUCACACAUCAAGCCCUACCACAUCUUCAACUACAGUCUCAAGUGUCUGCAGCAAGAUUGCAGAGAUUACCCAGGCCUACAGUCAAAGAGAAGUGAUUACCAGAAGGGUAGGGGAGGCCAGGGAUAUCCAAAUGCGAGACAGCUCAACGUCGUCCACUGAGAGAAUUAUUGAGCCACGCUCCCCAAAGUAUACUACAUAUUAUCGGAGCACCAGUCCUCCUCUUUCUCCAUCGCCACCACCACAGAGUCCUACUCGUUCACCCUCCAGAAGGAAUACAGCUGAGUUCUCUACACAGACUUUCAGUUCUGCAUUGCGGAUGUCUGAGUCAGCUGUAUCUGGACCUACAUCUCCAGUAACAGCGCAGGGGACCCAAACAUCUCAUCGAUCAGUUUCCCCAAGGCUCCAUCGUCAGCAGUCUUCUCACGAUGUACCAUACUCCUCAACUCCAGGCCAGGCUAGGCCAAUGACAGUCAACACAGCUACUUCUCCGCUGUCAUCACCUACCCGAUUUAGCCGACAAUCAACAUUUGACAAUUACUCCCCAUGUAGCAGCCCUCCGGACACACCACCUUACCAACAUUCCCCUACACGUAGCUUCUACCGAACACAAAGGGUGGAGAAAGUAAAUGUGGGAACAAGUAUGGUCACCACAGCCAGCACUUACACUAGAGGGUCCAUGUCAAUGGACAACAUCUCCCUCUGCCGAAUAUCUACAGUCCCGGGUACUUCUAGGGUAGAACAAGGCCGUAUGAUCCAAGGCGGAAGUGUUGUGGACCUCAGAACAGCAGGCAAACCAGCUCCUACUAUCAUGACUGACCAGGGAAUGGAUCUCACCUCCUUGGCCACUGAAAGCAGGAAAUACCAUGGAGGAUCAGAGGGUAGUAGACAUUCCACGGUUGUACAGCCACUGAUUAUGAACCUAAAUACUCAGGAGAUAAUCACACCAACCACUGUGAGUGUCACAGUGGCUGCUUCCAUGUUCAUGACACAGCCAAAACAGCCAACAAUCUAUGGUGAUCCCCAUCAAUACCAACUGGAUUUGGGUCAGGGCAUUGGUUCAGCUGUGUGUCUUUCCCAAAACAGACCACAAAUUUCACCUCCAACUGACCCAACAAUACCCAAAAUUGAUGCCAAACUGGAAGACCUCAGUAUCCAACAGAAAGAGCUACAAAUACAGCAAGAGAAGCUACAAAAGCAACAACAGCUCCUUGAACACCAGUUGCAGCAGCACCAUCAGAUGCAACAUCACCAGCAACAGGCAUCUGCUUUGGCCAGGUACAGCCUUACGGGCCAGAUCUCACCUUUACUGAAAAAAGAUCUACUAGUCAGUCAGACAAGCACUGCCUCAGCUGUCGUCAGUGCUGUAUCACCGGUCGUUAACCCUGAUCUUUAUGGCACUGGUCCUGUUGAGCUGAAAGGGAAGCCCAGUCCUCCUGGUUUGGUAUCAGGAGGUAAUUUACCACAUAGCAUGGUAGUACAGAUGGAUGGAGGGCCAGAGCAGGCCAGAGCAAUGACUCAGCUUGUGACGGUAGAAGUAGGACAGGAUGCUAUGGACCUGACAGGAGGCCAAAUUAAACCUGAAAACCAACCAGCUUGCUGUGAUGUUGUUUACCGACUUCCAUUUGGUGGAAGCUGUGUUGGUGGUGAGAAAGAGGGAAUAAGACCUCCAUCUGCCCCACCACUCACCUAUGAGUCAGACCAAGAAAGACUACCUGAAGGGUAUCAUGAAUAUCCAAUGGAUGAGCGUAAGGCAUACACACUACCUUUCCCUGGAAGGCUUCAGCCUUCAAUGUCCGAUACAAACCUAGCUGAAGCUGGGCUACAGUCGUAUCAUUCUAAACUAGAACCACAUCUCCAAGGCCCAGGAGAACUUGCCAUGGAUCUAACUGCUAUCAAACAGGGUUAUGGAGGAUUUAUGGGGAUGCAGUAUGGCUCCUAUACAGAUCUACGGCAUGGAGGAGACAUCACAGCCCAAACGAUGCCCAUAAGGAGAUAUAAUUCCUUGUCUAACAUCAGUUCAGACUAUGGGUACUCUGCUCGAGACAUUGCUAAUUUCCAAGAAGCUAACUUAGCCCAGUACAGUGCUACAACUGCCAGAGAGAUCAGCCGGAUGUGUGCAGCUCUCAAUUCCAUAGAUCGAUAUGCAAGCAACCCAGACUUGAUGCAGUUUGGGAAUUUGGGGAGAGGAACCGGACCUGGGGUCUCCCGACUAGCAGCAGGUCUUGGCAUGAGACAAAACCACUUUUUUGGACUUGAUGGGAAGCCAAUCUCCCACAGUCAAGCAUUAACCAACCUUAUCAAUGCCAGACAGGCCAGUCUCAGAGCCAUGUACCCUGCUGCUAUAAGGUCCGCUGAUGGAAUGAUCUACUCUACAAUUCAGACCCCCAUUGCCUCAACACUUCCCAUCACAACACAACCUGCCUCUGUUCUUCGCCCACUAUUGAGGGGGGUAUACAGGCCAUACCCUUCAGCAAACAUGACACCUGUACCCCUAACCAGUCUUAGCAGACUACCAAUGAGCCCAAGAGUACCCUUAACUGUGCAAGCUCCACUCCGCUACCCAGCACCAGGCCUACUCCAAAUAUCAUCAACCACUGCUACUUCAAGUGGUGCAGCAACAAAUGAAGGCCCAGCCGGUGCCCCAAUGUCUGUUUCCAUUACAUCUACUAGUUCAACUAUCCAGGAUGAACCAGUUUACCUCGGUAAAAGUGUAUCCUCGUUAGUUGAGGUGCAAGGAACAGUUUCCAUACCAAUGGAGCCACAGCAACAGCCAAUAAACCUUUCCCAGGCCCACCUGAACAGUCAACAACAACAGCAACAAGUGGCAUAUGCUCAGCAGUCACAACAGCCUCCUCAAGCAGCCCAUGCCUACCCACCCUCAACUCCUUCACACACUCAUAGCUACACUCAACCACCAGUUGGCCCCUCUGUCCCCACUAGUGGCAUGCCCAUUUCAGGGGGUCUUCCCCCCUUCCCCCCACCAGGUGCCGUACACAAGGAGGGUGAAACCGAGGCAGAAAGACUGCAUCGGCAGCAGGAGCAGCUUCUGCAGAUGGAGAGGGAGCGUGUGGAGCUCGAGAAACUCCGGCAACUGCGCCUGCAGGAGGAGCUAGAAAGAGAGAGGAUAGAGCUGAAGCUGCACAGGGAUAAAGAGCAGAUGCUUGUGCAGAGAGAGUUACAUGAGCUGCAAAACAUCAAGGACCAGGUCCUACAGCAGCAGCAGCAUGAACGUGAGAAGCAACUUGUUCUCCAGAGGGAGCAGCUAGCGCAGCAGAAGUCACAGCUGGACCAGAUUCAGUCUCUCCAGCAUCAGCUCCAGCAGCAGCUUGUAGAGCAGAAGAGGCAGAAAACGGCUGCAGCUCAGAACAUACAGCUUGAUGCAAACGGACAGCCCCUGCCCCCUUACGCCGACUCUCAGCUUGGCUUCCGCUCUCUGCCAAACUCCUCAUCAGAGAUGUGUCUGAGGAGCCAGCCGGAGCAUGUGGAGACCAGGAGCAACAUGAGGAAACACAGCUCCAUGACCAGACUGACCCGGGACAGCUUAGAUGGAGACGGUGUGGUGUUUUACGGUUCCUCCCGCAGGAUCGUUGACAGCUCUGUGCAGACAGAUGAUGAAGAUGGAGAGGAGAGGUACAUGAUGCGUCAUCGUACCAGGAGGCGUGGUCGUAGUGUUGACUGCUCAGUUCAGACAGAUGAUGAUGAGGACAAAGCUGAGACUGAACAUCCAGUCCGGCGAAGACGUUCCCGUUUCUCCCGGCACGCUGAGUCCAGUGCAACUGGCAGCAGCACAGCUGCUACAUCCACCACGACCUCUGACACCAAGACCGAAACUCCCAAGAUGGUAUCUUCUAGUAUUGCCAUCCAGACCAUGAGGGAAAUGUCUUGCCAGACGGAAGUGGAGCACUUAGGAAGAGUCUCCCCAGCGAUCCAUGUGACAGUACCGGACCCAAAUAAAGUAGAGAUUGUGCACUACAUCUCCGGACCCGAGCGGACCCAAAAAGGACAGUCUCUAGCGUGCCAGACCGAACCAGAAGCCCAGUCACAGGGUGUUGUAGCUCCCCAGCUAAGUGUACCAACCACGGUCAGUCCAUAUUUGUCCUCUACCAGUUCUGGAACGCAACAGUCCGGUUCUUCCGACCUCCUGAAUCAGCAACGUCAGCAGCAGCACAUUGCAGCAAACGCAGCCAAGUUUGAACGCAGCCGCCCCGAUCCGCUCGACAUCAACUACCAGCCUCACAACCACCUCCACAACGAGUCCCUCUCCACCAUCAUCCGGCAGCAUCAGACAGCCCCCAAAUCCCCACAAGUCCUCUACUCUCCUGUCUCCCCAGUGUCCCCUCACCGCCUACUGGAGAACUCUCUGUCCAGUGAGAGGCUGAACAAAGCCCAUGUUACACCUCAGCAGAAGUCCUACACAGCAGAGUCUCCCCAGAGACACCCUUCUGUUCCCCGGCCAAUUAAGAGCACCCAGAGGUCCAUGUCAGACCCCAAGUCCCUCAGUCCCACCACAGAUGACCACACCAAGGCUAGGCUGUCCCUCUACCAACAACAGGUGCUCCAGAGCCAGCUGGCAGCUCUACAGCAAAGCUCACUGCUCCGCAAGGUCAAGCGAACCCUGCCCAGCCCUCCUCCAGAUGAGAAUACCACAUCAGCACAUCUUCCCAUGAUGGCACCCGCCCUUCAACAAGUUUACCUGCCCUCCGUGCCCAGCCUCAAGCCCAGCUCCAGGUCUGGCUUGGCUGCCAAAGCCAGCCUGCUCAAAGACCUCACCCACGAACUGAAGGCCGUGGAGCAAGAGUCAACCAAGCUCAGAAAGCAGCAGGCUGAACUGGAGGAGGAAGAAAAAGAAAUUGAUGCUAAACUGAGAUACCUAGAGCUAGGGAUCCACCAAAGGAAGGAGACACUGGUUAAGGAGAGGGAAAGGAGGGAUAUUGCCUACCUGAGGUGUAUGGGGGACACAAGGGACUACAUGUCUGAUAGUGAGUUGAAUAAUCUACGUUUAGCAGCUGCAGCUGCAUCACAUGAAACCAAUGGGCUACUGUCAACAAGGCCAAGCACCGCCCCUCUGAGUCAUUUUGCCAGCGACCUAAACACAGCAGCCCAGUACCCACCCUCCUCAUCCUUCAUCUCAUGUCAGUACCCCCAGAGCCAACAACCAGCACCAAUGCCGCAGUCUAAUGUGCCGUACCAGUCUUCAACAUUUAAUCAACCUCCCUAUCCCUCAGUGUCCCAGUCCCAGGCAGUACCACAGCCCACGCCCCUCCAAAGCCAUAUUCCACCACUUGGACCUUCUUACCCGUCACAAACAUCCUACCCCUCCCACACCUAUCCCCAAACUGGGCCCCCAUACCCACAGACAGACAUUGGAUUACCAGCUGCACCUCAGCCUCAGCCUCAACCAGGGCAUACAGGUUUUGGACCUGCACCACCUGGUCAGCCCCCAUACCCCACCCACGGCUCACCCUAUCCCAGCGCUGUGUCCUCCUACCCCAGCCAGACCACCCCAUACCCUGGGCAGCCCCAAGCUGAUAUCCUGACGGUCCACCAAGGAAGACCAAGGCAGACUUCGCUGGCCGAUCUGGAACACAAGAUGCCCACCAACUACGAGACGAUCAGCAACCCUACAGUUGUGGUCACCACCACCGCCCAGGACUGUAACUAUUCCAGUGCAGCCCCCUCUUAUGGUCAGUACACUGGACUGACAACAAUGGCCAGCUCCUAUGGGCCAUAUGGGUCAGCACCGGUGUCCAGCAGCUACGGUGGGUACUCUACCAUGCCACCCAGCACUUAUGGCCAGUAUACUUCAUCUUCAGCUAAUUCAUACGGCCAGUACACCACAACCACUGCCAAUACCUAUGGCUAUACCACUACCACAGCCAGCUCGUAUGGACAGUACACUUCUACCGUCUCCAAUGUCUAUGGGCACUCUGUAGACAGUCCAUCCACAUACAGUUCUGCAGAUGGGAUGUAUGGGGCUCCUGGGUUAGAGCAGAACAUUCCAAGAAACUACAUGAUGAUUGACGACGUAAGCGAGCUUACGGCAAAAGACGGGCUGGGCACGACGACAGGGGACAUGAUGCAUCAUGGCGGCAGUGGGCGUUACCCUGGCGACAUCCACGGCCACAUCACCACCGUUGGCAGUUCUACGCGUGGGGGAACUGGCAACUCCUACGGCAGGGCACCUGAAGAGGAAGCAGCGAUGCAGGAAGAGCUGUACGACCACCACGGCAGGGGUAAGAGCAGCUACAGGCACGGACCUCUAGGGGGCAGCAGCAGCAGCGUGAGCUCUAGCAUGGGUGGGGGAUCCUCCUAUCACUAUGACUACGACUACAAACAUGGCAACAUCCGCUCCGGGGUACAGAAACCUAUGUCAUCCACCAGAAGUCUUCUGGCUCCUGCUGUCAUGUCCUCCAAGCGCAACAAGCACAGGAAACUUGGGAGUAUGGAGCAAAAAAUCUCCAAGUUUUCCCCCAUUGAGGAGGCUCGGGAUGUAGAGGCAGACCUGGCCUCCUAUUCCUCAACAACAGGUGGGGGUUACCCCUCCUCUCACAUUCGAGGGCGCCAUCUGAUCGAGGAUUACGGCUUUAAAAGCAAUACCUACGAGGGCGGCAGUGGCAGCACUCAUGGUAGUCGACACUAUGGUUCAACGGUGGAGGAGGACGAUCGGAUUUACUACAACUCCACCGGCCGCUCCCGUUCCACCGGCUACGGCAUGGACAAGAUCUCAGCCAGAGACUACUCUGGGUAUCGCAGCCGAUCCUAUGAGAGGGACGACCGGUCCUACCGAUCUGGCUACAGCCGAGGGCGCAAUCCAACCCGGCAGUACUCUGAAGAGGAGAGCCCACUUAGCCCCUUGAGGAGGUUCAUGGGUUCGGGGCGAUCAUCAAGCUUAGGUCCCGACCCGUACGACAGCCGUAGCGGUAGAUAUCAUUACUAUUAUGGCCAGUAUGGUUCCAGCCACUCGUUGCCAGAUGUACAAGACCACAUACAAGACCUUCCCAGGACACAUGUCUACAAAUCGGAUGAUACAUACAUUAUUGACGAUUAUCAUUGUGCUGUGUCAGACAGCGAAGCCUACCAUCUGGGCCAAGAAGAAACCGACUGGUUUGAGAAGCCCCGCUCCAGUUCUCGACACUACGGCAGCAGCCACUCAUCUGGGAGGAGCCGGCAAGGUGUGAAACAUACCUACCAUGAUUAUGAUGAGCCUCCUGAGGAGGAUCUGUGGCCCCAGGAUGAGUACGGCCACGGAGGGCGACACUCUACAUCCCGUGACCACAGGCAGCAAAGCAGCUCUGGCCGUCAUUCAUCCACAUCACGUCAUUCAGAUGAGCAGAGGUCCUCAAGGUCCGCCAAGGGGCACCCCAAAGACCCAUCAAUGCGCCAAGACCCUUCAGCACGAUCCUCAUCUACAGGAAGGCGUGGUGAGUCCAGGUCAGGAGGGUACCACGCUUCGGAAUACUCCCGGGAUCCGCCUGGGCACCACCACGGUCAACGCUCCUCCAGACAGGGGGACCCACAUCGUUCUUCACGUAACAAGUCACAGCAGCAAGUGGACAUGCAGGGCCAACCACCUGGUUCCUCCAGGUCUGGCAGCUCCGGUCGGGCUCAAGGCCCCGCUGGAGGGCCUACAGGAUCAGGGCGACAGGGUGGUCCAGGAUCCCAGACAGACGGAACUCAAGGACAAAGGACCCAGCUCCAACAACAAGCCCAAACGUCAGCAGCCAGGUCAGGGCAGCCUGGUGCCGCAAUGACCACCGGCCCUCAGCAGCAGCCCUCAGCCCAGGGACAAGGCAUGGGUAUGGGUAUGGGCAUGGGCAUGGGGCAAGGCCAAGCCAAGCCAGGACAGAUGGGUCCAGUGGGUGGACCCAUGGGGCAGGCAAGGCAGACAGGUCCUGCGGGAACCACUCCAACCAACAUGGCUAAAAUGGACACGCCUCCAGUAACGGCUAUUGGAGCGAAGGCAGCGCCGGUCAUCGCCACAAAAGCUGCCCAGCCCCCGCUCACAGGCAUAGGCUCCAAGGCAGCUCCUCGACCAGGAGGUAUCGGCAGUGCAGCAGCAGGCCAGCCUGGCAUGGAGGGGGACAGCAUGUUGUCCAAGCUCAUCCCUGGAAAUGCCGCUGAGCAGGCGGGCAAACUUGGAGACGCUAUAACCGGUUUUGGCAAGAAGUUCUCCUCCUUAUUCUGAAGUGCUACAAUUGAGGACUAUGUAAAUGUUAAAUGACCAAACCACGAGGCCCCGUACCAGAAAAACCUGUCAAGUUCCCCCCCAGCUUUUGUUUUACUAAAAUAGAGAGAGAAAAGAGAGAGAGAGAGAGAGCGUAACAGAGCGGAGAGAUGAGCAUACUGCCAACAAGGACUGAAGACCUCUGGGUACUUCACAUCACAAUCAUUUGGAGCCAACAUCCAUCGUUAGAGGCGUCAUCGUCCACCCAGCAGCCCCCGGGCCAAAGAAUUUGUCUCCACCGAACGACGCGCAGCUCCAGAAACCCGACCUGCAGCAGUCAAACACGUCGACGCCCCCCCUUCCCUGUAAAAGAGCUACUGGCGGCCGAAAACGACAGGGAAAUUCAGAGAAGGUUUUGUUGCUGGGCGGCUCUUCCUCCAUGCCAGUAAGAGAGAGCUUACCACACGAGUAGAAUCAAAGGAAGCAGUGCGGCCCUACGCACGGAUUUAAAACUGCGGCGUUAAUGGGGAAAAAAAGGGUGGAGCAAUUCUACUUCUGUAUGCUGACGACGUCAUCGAUCCUUCAUUUCACAGUCCUGUGCUCAAAGUUGGAAUAACAGCUCUCUCUCUCUCAUCUUUUUCAUCUCAAAGUUUAAAAAAAAAAAUAGUGGGGGAAUUGAAACAACUUGCUGAGUUACUGCAGGUUUUUCUGGUACUAAAGACCUCGAGUUACAUCACCCGCUGUGACCAAGUUAAUGGAAACGUCACGUUGAAUGAAUACGACGACGUAACGUGUCUCUUUCCACGGCUUGUUCAUGUCGACAUUUCAGAUUGGAACAGUUAAAACCUUUUGCUCACUCCGUUCAUCACCCUUCUGCGUCUCUUGAAUGCCAAAUCUUUUUUUCUCAUUCUUUUUUUUUUCAAUCCUCACCAGACAAUCCUCGACUUGCCAUGACUUUAAAGAAGUAUAUAGUGAAUUAAAAAAAAAAAAAGAAAGAAUAGGAAUUUGGAAUGCAUGGAACUUUAUAUCCAAGACCUUUACACUGUUCAUCAUUAUUUAACAGAGGCCAUGAAGAGAGGCAAACACAUCUCAGCACGACGGCGUAAACAAUGACGAGUGAGAGAGGAGCCUCCCGCAGCAACAAACACAAGUCGGGCCACGGGAAUAAGAGGAGCCUUUUGUUUUUUUAUAAGGGGAAAAAACAACAAAAUGUGGUCAAGUGUUUUUUCAGCCGUUGCAAAGCCAUUAGGAGAACAUUUACCUGCAGUGCUUGUGGUGAUGGGGUUGCUCCAACUGCUCCUCAACGAUCCGCUCGCAGAGCUUUCUCAAAGGGUUGUUGGUGGUUAUCAUUGUGCUUUCGAUUCAUUUUUUUCAAAUGUUGUUUUGUUAAUUGCCUGGUUUUUAUGUUGCAGGUUACCAAUAUCGCCUUAAUCAUUCUUAAAUAUUUUUAUUUUGAAGUUCUACUUGCAUUUUUUAUUACACCCUGUAAACACAUAUUUAUUUUAGGUAGUGAUAAUAACACUGGCCACAGUGAGAUUUAUUUAUAUUUUUUAAAUCAACUUUGUUUUUGAUAAUUGUUUGAGAUAUUCAUUUAUUCAUGUUGUCUUCAUCAUACCCCCUGUCAAUUUUCUGACUUGUAUUUAUUAUCAAUUCUUUAAAAAAAAAAAAAAGCAAUAGAGUAAGUGGUAAGAAAGUAGAAAGCACAACCUUGUGUCAUCUAAAACAGCUGAAAGUGGAAUAGAAGCGCGUUGCCUCCGUCUCUCUUACGGCCACCGACGCACCGCUCGAGUCUGACUUUAAAUGUACCAACAGACGUACUGAAGUGUCGUACUACUGCUGGACCACUACGUUGGGGAGCUACGGACGACAGUUUGGUACCACCCAGAUCUUCUCCUCCACCCUACAGUGAGACGUCACGUCUUGGAUCCCGUUCGGGGGGGGGGGGGAUCUGAUCUGAGAGCACUGCAGGGCAGCAGAGAGGCACUGAAACGCAGACCCGUCUGCGGGGGGGGGGGGGGGGG